UGUUUUUUGUACAGUCUACAGUUGUCGUAAAGAAGGGUUAUGGCUCUUUGUUUAUUUAUGUAAUUCUGACAAAUUAAUAUUUUUAGCAUUUUGCAAAAGAUGUCUUGUCAGUUCAAGACAAUAGCAAGAGUAAUAGAUGUUGAUAAAUUGAGAAAGUACAUUUUUCACUCCAAUGAAGAACUAUUAGAUUCCACUAAUAGGGAUGCAGAUCCAUGGAAUUGGAGUGUCAAAGAUAGUGAUCGGACAAAACUCGACUUGGAGAGAGAUAUAAGAUGGGUCAAUGAAUGUCACAUCGCUCUGUCCCCAACUGGUGAAAUUCUGGUACUUGCGCAUAAACAUUCCAUGGUGAUACUUGUCUCGAAAUGGGAUUCUCAAGGUGAAGGUUCUAUCAAAACAAAGUAUAUCAUCAAUUGGAAUGGUAGGCCGAAACAUGAUGAAAGCGAGGAAAUCACAGCUGUUAUUUGCUUACCUUUGGUAUCGAAGAGUCGCGUGGCUGCCCAUGGCUGUCACGAUUGGACCUGCAUUGCUGUUGGCUACUCAUCAGGCUUUGUGCGCUUCUAUACUGAGACAGGAGAUUUGCUAUUCUGUGAAGUGCUUCAUAAGAGUGCCGUGACAGGACUGAAGUGCCAGUCGUGCUUGCCUCCGCAUCUGGCUGCGGGUUGUGAGCAGAACGAAGAGCUCCACGUUCUGCAUAAAAAUGUCAUUUGCUGCGUCCGAGGGUUUUCUUUGUUCACGAAUCUCAGGGAACGUCGCAACCAGUUAGCAUUUGGUAAGGCUCAGGCGCACAGCUUGAGCGAUGAGAGCGUGGUCACGAUGCCACUGUCGGUGCGCAAACUGGUGCUGCCCGAGCAGGGCGCAGUGAACGACGCAUGCGUGGCACCCGUGCAGUGCCCGUGCAGUUUCACGCACCUGGCGACGGCCUCGGUCUGCGGCGGCUUCACGGCCGGCUACCGGCCAAUGCCGCCCAAGAGCUCGCUGGUGCUCGCCGCGGGUGCUUCGCCUUUCGUCGGCUUCCACUCGGCGCUGGAGGGCAGCUCGGCGCCCGACAUCGCCGAUGUCGCCAAGGCCGUCGCCACCAAGCUGAAGAGUGCCAUCGGCCAGGCUGUACCUGGGUGGCUGCUUGGUGGCAAAAAAACGGCUACUCCCCCAAAAUCCUCAAAAGAAAAUUUAGCUGCCGAACCAGCAGAACCAAUGGUUUGCAGGUUUGGCCUGUGUGACCUGUGGAGGCAAGGUGAGAGAAUUGUUAUGUCACCAAAUCGCAAGCUGUGCGCUGUGAGUGAUUCUCUUGGACGAGUCAUAUUGGUCGAUAUAUCUUCUGGCACUGCUCUCAGGAUGUGGAAAGGCUACAGAGAUGCCGAGUGUGGCUGGGUGAUUUGCUCGGAAGAGAGUCGUGCGAAACGGAAGCGUACAGCCCAGUUUCUUCUUAUUUAUUCGCCCAAGAAAGGCAUCAUUGAAGUUUGGGCAAUGCAGCAAGGUCCGAGAAUUGCUACUUUUCCUGUUAGCAAGAAUGGAAGGUUAUUGUAUGUCGGACACAAUCUGUUGGGCUUUAACAGCUCUGACACCCGAUAUUCUUCUGAGUCAUCUAGUCAGUUGCACUCCAUCUCAUCUCAGUACAUAUUCAUCGACCACACCGGCGAACUCAAAGAAAUUGCUGUUCCCUUCCAUUGUGCUCUCAGUGACCGAAACAGUAAACGUGCAAGAGACGUUCUUAUCUAUAAAAAGUUGAAGUCCACAUUGAGACAGGAAGGAGGCAUGUCAGAAGUCGGCGCCAUUUGUAGAGAGUUCCAAACCAACAAGAUGAAGAUACAGAGUCUAGACUUACUGUGCACCAGCAAGUACAUGUCAGCAAACACUUUGAAAGAAAUACUCGCAACAUAUUCACUGGCAUUGCCCAAGACUGUGGUUGAUGAUGCUGGAGAUGGUGAAGAAAAGGGCGAAGAAUCAUUGGAUCCAGGAGGGAACCUAUUAGUUCAAAAGAUUGAAAUGUUAGAUCAUUUAGCAACUUUCUAUCAAUUUCUGUCGAGAUUGAGACAGAAGCCUCCCGACUACAACACUGCUGUUACAAGUACUGAUGACGCUUUCAAAGAGGAAUUAUGCAAUAAAAUAAAAGCAUCACGAGAGGAGAUUGACAAAGUGAUUGGUUUGAUAAGAGAAGAAAAUGAACCGAAUUACAAAUCACACGGAAGUCAUGUUUCCUCUCUUAAUCUGUUUCCUUGUGCAGGUGAACUAGUGUGUCAAGGUUGUUUGGACGGCAACUGCGGUGUGAAUGAGUGGCAGAACGCGGCUUGUGAGAGCAGCAUAUCGGCCGACGAUCUCAUGCGGCUGGCCAUCAACUUGUGGCUCAGUCGUAAAGUCACCCCAACCAUUGUGCGUGAGAUGAUACCAUUCAGCAGCAUCAUCAAAUCAAUAUGCAUUAUAUCAGGAAAAGCAUCUCAAGAAUCCAGUUGGUGGAAUAAUGUCCGAAGCUCACUGAAGGAAUGUGAAAAUCCUUUAUCAUCGUUAACAGCGGCUCUCAUAUGUAGAAGCGUAGUUGCUUCGGAAGAAGUCAUGUCUGCAAGUUCCGAUGGAGACUAUGACGAAGAGGGGAAUAAAGAAGCAGCAACCAGUUCAACUGAUAUGGAAUGGGAGAAUGUAUCAGAAGAAUCUUGUCAAUGGAGUCAGAUUAUUUUACAAUUGGAGGAAAUUUCCUUGCUGCAGUCCGUCCUCAGCCACAAUAUUGCACUAGAUGAAGGGAAUUCCAGUCAAUCAACGUACGAAAAUCCGAUUAUCUCACUUGGUCUAGUUCUAACCAAGGGGAAAGGAUACAUUCCCGAGGUUGUAGCAAAAUGGAUAUCGGGUGCCGGCCUGGAUCCAGCUCUGUUGCUGGAUUCAGCUUGUUUGAAAAGCACAUUACCAGCCGAGUCGAGUGAAGCGCAGGCGUCGGUGUCGCCUCUGGGCGUGACGCAGGGCGUCGCUGAAACAGUGCACCACUGUGUCGAAGCACAGCCGUUGUCCCAGAAACAAACCUUGAUCAUUGACGAACUGACGAGGCUGCGUGAAUGCUUCCCCUACAGCCUGUCCAGCGAUUCUCUGCUGGCCAACGUUUGCUGGGAAUAUGUCUUGGCCUGGAAUCGGGAUGUCGAUUCUCUUACCACUCUUCUAGCUGCCAUCAACUGCCUUAAAGUCAUUCCCAAUCCGCACAUUCAACAAGGAAUGUGCUCUUUGAUUUGGUCGAUGCACUUGAAGACAAGAUUCGAAGCUGCCCUGAAACUUAUUAACAAAGUCGGCAAAGUACCCAAAGAGAGGCUUUGUCGUCAAGAUGUUGGAAUUUCCGAUUUCCAAAUGAGUGACUUUUUCAAAUCCUGUGCUGACUUUCUGGAAAUUUUCAUGAUGAGCAACGUGAGGAGCGAAGAAACAGAGAAGACUGUGCAACGGAGUGAGACACUGUGGGACGCGUGCGCACCUGUUAUGUCGCUGACAGCGCUUGCUCUGUCGCAGCCACCGGCCAACUACGCGCUGCUGCAGCUGCUGUCGCAAGCUGCACGCGCCACCAUCCUACUUGCCCUCUUCAACAUCAAGGCCCACGGCUGUCCACUGGUCGCCUUCUUCAACUCCAGCGAGCAGUCGGCUCUCUUUGCCGAUGUCUGCACCAGCCCGCAGCUGCCUUCACACUUCCACGAUCCCAAACUCACCAAAUCCAGGACACAAUUCCUGCUGAAAGCGAUUUCGUCCGCUACGGGCACAAUACUCACCCACAAGCAGCAGCAGUGGGAGACGAAGCAGGCCGCUCAGUGGACGUCGGACUGUUUCCAGUUGGCGUACGAGUGGGGCGUGCCAGUUGAUCAGCUGCGUCGCCAGCAGGUGUGCCAGCUGUACGUGAGAGGCUUUGAUCGACUGGCCGAGGAGGUGGUGGCUUCGGUCAACGACUCCAGUCUGCUCGGCUCGCAACUUCUGGUCAUCGCUGGCCAACGACUCAACAAGUCCCUGGCCACAUCUGGCAAAGACAUCAAGCAGAAGAUUGCCGAUCUCAGUACGACGUUGUCGAAAUGGUUGGGUGAGCUGAGCGAUGGACCUGUUGAAAAUGUGCCUCUUGCAGAAAUACUCCAGCUGGCAGAUACUGUUCUCACCCUGCUUCCUGAGGAUCAUCCCGACUGUAACCUUGCCUCCCAGCUUGUCCAGUCUCUGCAAUAUCUCACCAAGUCUGAUGAUUCCAAUCCCAAACCGUCCGCUACAAAAUCAGGUCGAGCGAUUCUCUGA